GCAGAACGUAACAAGAUGGUUUUACCCUUGAGUUUAACGUUGAAACCGCAUUAUCUCGAAUUAAUCUGGCUCUGGUAACAAUUUAACUUCAAUUUUUCUUAAAGCAUCUAUUUGAUCCGAUUGCCGAAUUGCUAUCAAUUUUGUCGAAGAAUCUUUGUCGAGUAAAUUGUACGAAAAGGGUGGAGAAAGAACGAUUGGAUUUGCGGCACGUCGAAAAAGGAAAGCCAUGGUGAUUCGCGACUGGAAGACCUCGGCAGUUGCACCUUAAGAUCGCAGAAACGCGCAAGCGUGCACGUUUGCCGAGCAAUCGAGAGAGACAGAAAAGAGUAGAAGAACUACGAUACAAAUGAGGAAGAGAGAGAUACUAGGAGAACCAGUGCAGCCUCGCAGUCUAUCUCUCUCUUUCUCGCUUUCUCCUUCUCCCUCUUCUUUUCUCUCUCCGGAUAUUCGUAACGAGAUAAGGACUCGAAGUGGACGCAUGGUUUGCUGGAAGAACGAAAACGAAUCCUCCAUUCGCGAGGAAUCGUUCGGCGAUUGCUUCGAAAGGAUAUUCGAUUCCCGGUACGAGAUAACUCGAAGCGGAAACCGAGAUAAAUCGAAAGACGUAGAAUGUAAACGGAGAAUGCUAGUUCUUGGUAAAUUUCCUUUCGGCCUGGUGUAAUUCGAGAAAGUAUAAAGUAACAUAGGUGUAUAAAAUAGAUAGGGAAAGAGAAAUUGUCAAUAUACACAUGAGAUCAAAGUAUUUGAAGAAAAAGUCACGAAGACGCGUCGAGGAUACGGCAAAGGGAUAAAAGGUGAACAAUGAACACGACGAUCGUUUGAGUGGAGAAGAAGGGCCGAACUCAUGAGACCACUGUCCUUUGAGAACUUGAGGAGGCUCGUCGGCCGCAAGAAGGACCGUAACGAGCCAUCCUUCAAGCGCAGCGAGUCCUUCAAAAGGAUAUCGAUAAGAAAAAGUUAUCUGGAUCGGGGCAAGCGACGUAACAAGCUUCAGAAGAGCCUGGAGCCGACUGUCGCGCCCUCCAUUGAUACGAAGUUAGACGAGAAAUGUAUCGAGAAGCAGACGAUAAUAAACGAACAGAAACCGAAGAAACUUCAGGACGAUACUUUGAGUCGCGAAUCGAUCAGUUACGACGAAUGGUUGCAAGGUGUCAGUUCGUCCUCGCGUGAGAAAUUGGAUGAGGUGCAUCGGGAGCAACAACAGAACAAACAAAAUAAACAACAUAUUUUAGGAAAGAACAACGUUUCGAAAUUUCAAAAACAGAUCGAGGCUGAUCACGUGGCCGAAGAUUUAAAAGUUCUCGAUUUAGAUGCAUCGCCGAUAUUAGCUUCGAAGCCUUUCAGAAUAUCGAACGAGACGAUUCAAGAAAAAAACGGUCAUCAAGAUGUCGUGCAGGAACCAUUUACCGAAGGACCUCCUAGCGUCAGUAUUAAUCUUGGUAGAAUAUGGAGAGAUGCGGUACCUAUGCCCUUCCCUUCAUCCUCGGGACCGUCUAUACACCACUCUUUGGACAGUGCGCUCAAAGAGAGGAAACCUCAGCCUACUGUGGCGCGAACAGUUUCCGCUCCGGAGAAAAGUGUCACCGGAAAAGAUAUCACAUCUGCAUUCGGUUUUUCCUUGAGAAUCGCCAAGUUGGCUGAUUUUCGUGCAGGGGGUACGAGAAAUGGUUUCUUCAACCGAAGAACGAAGAAACCAUCGCCGAGCGUAAGCGCGGAGGGUUACUUCAAGCGAACGAACGCCUCGAGGCGGUCCAGUUCUCGACGGCGUGGAAAGCGGGCGUCUCAGAGGGUAAAGAAAUCUCAACUUCAACCUCAGCCCGUGACGCGUUCGAACAGUCCGGUAUGGUUCGUCCCGCCGGAAAGACGUAGAUCGAAACGUCAGAGGCGAGUCUGGCGAGAGAUCAGAUACUUUCCCGAGGCUGAGAUUCCUGUAAUCGAGAGAAUCGACGAUUAUUCGUCGAAUUUGUCGGACGAUCAAUUCGACGACCUGAAGUUGUUGCUUUCGGGGGAUUUUAACGACAGGCGAGAAGGAGGCUUGAACUCGUUGGUCUCGUCCUCGUUAGGUUCCUUCUCCGCGACAUCCUCCUCGUCGUCGGCUUGUCGGGCACCAAAGAUUAGCGAUUUUAACGAAGACAAACUAUUCUCCGAGGAGCUACGAACUAGCGGGGUCCUCGCGCGAAGAACGAUAUGGCGACCCAUGACUUCGAAUUACUUUGCCAGUAACCAGUUUCUCAGCUUUCUAUCGAAGGGCUCGAGCAAUCUCAUUGGCAAAGAGAAGACGAGAAUAGAUUCAUCGUUGUACUACAGAUGUCUCUCGUCUACCGACAGCGAAACCGAGGACGAAACGGCCAAUCAUCUCGAACGAAGGAAGAGCGCUCACGUGAUGCAUAGGCAGCAACACUUAAAGAGGCAAAGAUCGGGGCUUAGGAGAAGACCUCUCAGGCGAAAAUCUCAACUUCGAAAGGCUUCCGGCCAGCCAGUCUUUCUCGUGCGAAAAUGCUCGUCCUUGAGGAAAAGACCCAGGGAUAUUACGCAAAAGGGGUAUGAGAAGAAACGGACACGUCUAUUACAACAGUAUGCCUCAAAGCAGCUGGGGGCUGGAAAGGAUGGAGGAGGUGUCGGCGUCCUCGGUAUCGGAGGGGUCGAGAGAACAGGUUAUGGAAGCGGUGGUGGUGGUGUUGGUGGUGGGGGCGUCGGCGUCGGCGUUGGCGUCGGCGUCGGGGUCGGUAUCGGUGUCGGUGGCCGACCACAGCCACGUGCACGCCGCACGCAGCGCCGUGUCACUCACAGCGAGAAGCGCUAUCAUUCAGGAGGCCGGCUAGUACCUGGAGGAAUCGCCAGUCCCCCGGGAUCUGGCGGCUCCACCGGAAACACCGGGAAUUCGAACUCGGCGGCUGCGAGACGCGGCAAUCGCAGACUCACGCGCAAUGAGAGCCGCUAUCAUUCCGAGGUGCGCCAGGAGGCGGUGCAACAAGCUUUGGCAGCAAUGCAGGGUCGUCCGAAACCAUCUUUACCGAUGCCGUCAAAGAGAACCUCCGUGAUGGCUAGAAGUCCCGACAGAGAGCGCCGCGAUAGUGGAGAAUCGAGUAGCGAUGAAGAUAGCGUUGUUACCGAAGAAAGUCCUGGUGCUGGUGGUCCAACGGGCACAGGACUGUCGGAUACCAGCAGCACCGGUUCGGCGCGAGACACGCCUCCGCCUCCGAGACCACCGGCCAGGAGACCUCCUGGUGCGGACAUUACCGACAUCGCGGAAUACACGCCCCAUGCGUACUGUAACAUCCAGCCCCCGGACGUGACACACACAAGCAACACAGCGGCCGCGCAACAGUCGGCCAGGCGACCGGGCGCCGACCGUGUCAAUCGUUACCAUGUUGUCGAGGAUCAGAACAACACCGGGACUACCGGGCGUUGGAAGGUAUCAGCGAAAAUUCAACAAUUGCUCAAUACAUUGAAACGACCGAAACGUCGCCCCUUGCCCGAAUUCUACGAGGACGAUGACAUCGAGCUCGAGAUCGCGGCCAAUCCCAAAGAUCCGAACGCCCCGAAACCCGAGGGCGGUUCUAUGACCUCCGCGGUCGGUGAACCAGUAUCGGUCGCUGCGGGCCUGCCGAGGUCACUCGAGGUCGCCAUACAGAGGUAUGGUUCGGCAUCAUACAAAGCACCAGUGGCGACCGUUCUUGAUCCAAAUGGCAAGCUUUGCGUGACAUUGACCUAUGGAAAACUUCUAAGUCGUUCUCACAAAAUAGCCUACACGUUGUUAAACAAGGCUCUAAGUCGUGGCGGUGAUUGUUGUUUAAAGCCUGGCGAUCGAAUUGCCUUGGUUUAUCCAAACAAUGAUCCAAUAAGCUUCAUGUGCGCCUUCUAUGGUUGCCUUCAAGCUGGUAUUGUACCUGUGCCCAUCGAAGUCCCUUUAACUCGUCGAGACGCAGGCUCCCAGCAAAUCGGUUUUCUCUUGGGCAGCUGUGGAAUUCAGGUGGCAUUGACCAGCGAAGCUUGUCUGAAAGGUCUGCCAAAGACGGCUGCAGGCGAGGUAGUAGCAUUCAAAGGCUGGCCAAAGCUUCAUUGGUUUGUCACAGAGCAUUUGGGCAAAACGCCGAAGGAUUGGCUACCACCACCUCGGUUAACCGACGACACACCAGCGUAUAUCGAGUAUACCACGGACAAAGAUGGGUCGGUGAUGGGAGUGACAGUGACAAGAUCGGCGAUGCUGGCACAUUGUCGAGCUCUGACGCAAGCCUGUGGCUAUACGGAAGGGGAGAAUGCCGUGUGCGUUUUGGACUUCAAACGAGAGGUUGGUCUGUGGCAUAGCACCCUCACCAGCGUUCUAAACGGAAUGCAUGUGAUUUUUAUCCCAUACGCUCUGAUGAAAGUAAAUCCUGCGAGUUGGAUGCAAAUGAUCACGAAGCAUCGUGCUAGCGUAGCUGUGGUCAAGUCUCGAGACCUUCACUGGGGUCUCUUAGCCACUAAAGAUCAUAAGGAUAUCUCGUUGUCAUCAUUGAGGCUGUUGCUGGUUGCCGAUGGUGCUAAUCCCUGGUCCCUUUCCUCGUGUGACCAAUUUCUCUCAGUUUUCCAGUCUAAAGGCUUGCGACCAGAUGCUGUCUGUCCCUGUGCAUCUUCCAGCGAAGCUCUAACAGUAUCGGUGAGGAGACCAGGCCGAGCUGGAGUAAACGCUACUGGACGUGGUGUACUCUCUAUGUCUGGAUUGAGUUACGGUGUUGUUAGAGUUGAUCAAGAGAAUUCUCUCACCUCUUUGACUCUUCAAGAUUGCGGCCAAGUCAUGCCCGGAAGUAUCGUGGUGGUAAUCAAAAUGGAAGGGCAGCCAUUCAUCUGCAAAACGGACGAAGUAGGCGAGAUAUGCGUGCAUAGUUCAGCAACCGGAAACCAAUAUUGGGGAUUACAAGGAUUGACAAAUAACACGUUCAAAGUUUCCCCUCUUCAAGCCGAUGGAAGUCCUCUUGGCGACGUGGAAUACACUCGUUCUGGUUUAUUGGGUUUCCUGGGUCCUGGUGGUCUCGUGUUCGUUUGCGGAUCGCGCGACGGUCUUAUGACUGUAACCGGAAGGAAGCAUAACGCCGACGAUAUUAUCGCUACAGUGUUGGCCGUCGAACCCAUGAAAUUCAUUUAUCGCGGAAGAAUAGCCGUGUUCAGUGUACGUGUCUUGAGAGACGAGCGAAUAUGCGUCGUUGCGGAACAACGACCCGAUUGCAGCGAAGAGGAAUAUACAAUUCACAGUGCUGUAUUUACAUGGACCAACCUCCUAGUAGUAGUGGUGGAACUUGAUGGAAGUGAAAGCGAAGCUUUAGAUCUCGUGGCAUUGGUUACCAGCGCUGUUCUAGAAGAACAUCAUUUGGUAGUCGGUGUAGUGGUCGUGGUGGAUCCUGGAGUCGUUCCAAUAAAUUCGCGUGGUGAGAAGCAACGAAUGCACUUGCGUGAUGGUUUUCUAGCGGACCAACUCGAUCCAAUCUACGUGGCAUAUAACAUGUGAGCAGAAAACGCAGAAAAUGCAUUAUCUAUUGAACGAAAAAAGACUGGUAUCGUAAUUUCCAGUCAUGUUUUUACUCCCAUGUCGACACGUAGAUACUCGCGAUUCGAAAUCACAAGCUGCAUUUCAAAUUUUUAUUCUUUCUCAUGGAGGUCGACUUUCCUAUGGAGAAACUGGAAUAUAUUACAAGGACUCAACGUAUUUUUAAAGCGAACGUCGUCCCUAAACAAUUUAUAUUCUUCUUUUGUAAGAAGAACGCGUAUAUUUAAAUUUUUUUAUCUCGUUAAUGUGUUAAAGAAGAGUAAGAAAGAUUGUAAUACUUCGAAAUUUUCAACACUCGGUUACCAAUCCUUAUCAUUAGUAACAGAAAGUAUUCCUUUCUGUGUUAGAAAUAAUCAUUAUAUGAACAACUAUUAGAUAUAUAUAAUUGAGAAACAGGGACGAUAUAAAAAAACCGCUUUAUAUAUUCUGACAAACAAUUUAUUCAUAAAAAGUCACCAAUGAAGAAUCCUGCUUCAAAUAACGAUAAUCUUGAGACGACAUUCGAAGCAUUAUUAAAAGACUUAAAAAGAGUAACGAGAGUUACAUAAUUGCACAUACAAUAUUAACGAUUUUAAAGCCAAAAAAAAAAAAAGGAAAGUAUAGUGAAUCAACAAAAUAUUUGCACGUCUUCUUUUUUUUUUUU